AUGAAGAUUCUCACAGAAGAAGAAAUUGAAGCACACAGAUACCAUACUAUUUCUGGCGGAUUGAAGGGUGCGUUGGCCGGAUUGGUUGUGUCCGGAUUGAUUUUUAAGAUGGCACCGGCACGGUUCCCCAGAUUCCAGCCAUCGAAGCUGCCCUGGUCUCUGAGAACCGCUAUUUUCAUUACACCUCCAACGCUGCUAACGUCGAUCUCUGCAGAGGAAGCGUCGUCUGGAUUCGAGAGAAUGAUGUACGGGACCGGCGAGUCGUCGCGGGCUGCGCUGGAGGAACACAGACGCUGGAAGCAGCUGCCAUUGUUUGAGAAGUUCAUCGAGGGGGCGUCCUACCACAAAUACAAGAUCAUCGUUGCUGCAUGGGCAGCGUCGCUGUACGGAUCGUGGAGAAUUGUCGAUCGCGAUCCUAUCAUGACGAAAACGCAAAAGGCUGUCCAGGCCAGAAUGUACGCACAAUCCGUCACCGUGGCCCUGCUGCUAGGCUCCAUCGGGUUAUCGAUGUACGAAGAGAAACUGCGUCCCGACGCCCGUAAACUGGAGGCGUCUCGCCGUUGGGAGAGGGCUCUGGAGCGGGCGGAAGAAGAGGAGGCCACCGUCGCACAUGCUGGCACUCGUACCAACGAAGACCGUAUCAAGGCUAAGAUAUACAAAUAG